ACUUCCUCCCCGACUCCUCAAAAUGGACUCAUCAGUCUCCUGCACUCCUGCCCUGCCCACGCGCGAGACCAUUUCCCCUCCUCCUCUCCCCCAUCAUCCUCAUCGUCGUACUGUUUUGUCGUGAUCUUAUGUUCGAAACAUUGUUUUCCUGCAAUGUCUUUCUUUGUGCUUGCUGUCCUUGCAACUUUUUCGAAGCAGAUUUCACUGGUUUUGAGCAAGAGCAAAUUUUCUGUAUCGAAAGUUGAUCUGCAUCUUAGUGAUUCAUGUUGUUUCUAACGUGAUACAAUCAGUUGAGAACUCCUCUGAAAAAUUAUGUCACCUUGCAUUUCUGGAUGUGAUCACUAACCGUUUCUUGUCAACAGAUCGUAACAACGGACAAUCGUCAGCUUUGAUAUUUCAAUCGAUUCUCGAACACCUUUCACCUUCAUCGAUCAUCAUGAAGCUCGCAAACAGCUCUACUUGUGGUGUCAUCUCAACCAUUGGAUCAGUGGCCAUAUCUGCUGCUGCAGUGGCAAUUGGCGUCCGCGCUUCGCAACGAAUCAGAGCGAAGGAGAUUAAGACAGGAUCCUCUAGACCAAAGUCUGGGAAGACUGUUGGACAGUACUACGUGUAUUGAGAAGCUGCCAUCAAUGUCUGCAAGCUACAGACGAGAGAGUUGCUGCUUUGUGUCUAUAUGUGUACAUUUGUUGCGUGUGAGGUCUGAGUACCUGAAGUUUGACUGCAUGUCAAGAUAAAAGAAAACUCCUACGUGUCAUGACAUAUCAUGAAAAAAGAGGAGAACCCCACUGUAAUAUUCCUGAACGACUUGUUCUUUAAUACAUGGAAGAUGAAUCUUU